AUGGGAAAUGGGCUGCAGGACAGUCAACCUCCGGAAGUCUCAGAUAGCUCCUUUGAGACAUCGAUGGAAACUUCUCCGUUGAUGCGACUUGCCGCCCAUGCACCUCGACUCCAGCCCGACUUCAAAUUUUGGACUUCGAAUCCUGGACUAGCGUGUGAUUGGAAGUGGCUGGCUGCAGGUGUCCUCCCCAACAGCGAACCGGUUGAACAAGCCCAUGGAGUUUUGAAGUUGGGCUCUCUCUUCCGGCUCUCUUCCAUACAGUACGAUCACUCAGAGGCUGAAAUUUUCAGUAUCUCGCGGCUCGCCUAA